UUUAUAGACCUAUCUUUUUGUGAAACCGUACAUGACCAUGGUUUCAAACUGUGUUUAAUCUACCCCACAGCAUAGCACGUGGGAAAUUUGUCCGCGCGAAAUAUGUCGAAUACGCCCCAGAAUAUAUAUGGUAUCAAUAAUUCAGCAGAUGCUUACUAUGGGACACUUUUCUCACAUUUAUCUUACGGAAUGGGUGAAGGUAAUGGGGCCAACUCAGCUACAACUCCCAAUGCGGAAAAUGCGGCUGCGGCGGCUGCCGCUGCAGCUUUAGCAGCAGUGGCUUCUGGAAGAAAUGAUUGGUCUAAUACUGAUGGUUAUAAUGCUCUUUCAAAUAUGAUGAAUAGUAUGCGUACGCACUCAGCAAUGACAGCCUGUUCGAAUUCUGGGGAUUUAUCAGCGUCUUGUAAUAUCCCAUCCAGUUCUUUGUCAUCUCCUUAUGCUGCGACUUUGCUCGCUGCAGUUGCUGCAGCGGCAGCUGCAGCUUAUCCACUUCCUCAGGGUGCUCCAAAUGCAGUUUCUGCCCAAACAGGCCGGUCUUUCUUACCAAAUCCCUCAAUGAAUAACAGAGCAGCUGAUUUUGCAACUAUGUACUUUGAUUCUUCUUCAAGACCAUCUGUUACUAAUGCCAAUCAACUUAAUGGACUCCUUGGUAAUCUACCUAAUUGGCCUUUCACCGUUCCUCCAACUCACUAUCCAAACUCUUCAUUUAUUGAUAGGUCUGCUGGUGCAGUUGUUCCUUUUGAGGGUUGGACAUCUUCAAAUGGACAACAAUUAACAUUGUCGCCUUGUGGUGAAAACGAUGCAAUCAAUCACUUUGCUCAAGGUCCAUCCGAAGCAAAUAUUUUAUCAAAAGACUCACAUACAUAUUAUACAUCGUCAAAUAUUGGAGAUACGGUUUUUGCGCCACCUGCAUCUUAUUCUCAACAGCAACAACAAGGUACUACAGAAGACCAUGGUGUUUCAUUUAUGUACCAUCAUCCUAAUUCAAAACCUGCUUAUCCAUUUCCAUCUCAAGGAACUCAGUCACAUCUGGUGAAUGGAUUACCUUGUAGUGCUGCUGCUAAUAUGUUGGAUUCAUAUGCUGCGGUAAAUCAGUGCCAAAAAAUCUCACAUCUAAUCGAUGAAUUUGGUCGAAUAAACGUUGGACGCGGAGUUGAAACAGCAACUUGUAGUGAUAAUGAGUUAAAUCAGUUGCAUGUCCCGUUUUAUGAAACUUCAGUUGUUGGGAAUGGAAGUAAUGUACAGCUACACAAUACUUCAGUAACACAGUGGUCUCAUAUGAAGGAAAACAACGGAAAUAAUAAUAUGUGUUCUAUGGAUAAGUCCGAUAAUAUAUCCAGAUCACAAGCCAAUCCAAGUAGAUUAUCUACUUCAGCUAAUAACAGACCUGUACCAUCAGCUAUUGCUACAUCCGUCAGUAGUUCACCACGUACCAAAACUUGGGCCAAUAUAGCGGGACAACCACCCAAAGGGUCAGCUGCAGUUAUUCAAAACUCUAUAGGAUGGUCAGCGAAAAGAUCUAAUCCUCACAAUCUUACAUCUGUAAACAGGUCUUUCCAUACUUCUGCCGGGAACUACUCAGUUGGCAAGACUAAUUCUUUAAUGGCAAAUGCUUCAUGUAAUAAUGGGCAUUUAACACAACAGGAUAGAAUAAACAAUGGCGAUCAGUCAGGAAAUUUACGUUCUUUAGCGGAACCUAAUUCUGAGUUGAAGAAUACUUUAAAUAAUGGUGACCAUUCUUCAGAUAAUCCAACAUCUCUGUUAACCUCAGACAGAACUGCACAGGCUUUUCAACGUGAGUCGGAAGCUCUGCAUCAACGCUUGGCUAAGGUAAUCAACCCCAGUGAUUUCGAUACGCAUAUAGAAAAAGCCAGAUUCUUUGUAAUCAAGUCGUUUUCUGAGGAUGAUAUUCAUCGUUCGAUUAAAUACUCUAUUUGGUGUUCAACAGAACUAGGCAACAAGAAGCUUGACACAGCGUUUGCAGAAGCCAAUCACGCCUAUCCAAUAUAUUUGUUUUUUUCAGUCAAUGGAUCUGGACAUUUUUGUGGGAUGGCUGAAAUGGUUUCUCGUGUUGAUUAUAAUGCUAGAGCUAGUGUUUGGGCUCAAGAUAAGUGGCAAGGUAAAUUCUCAGUUCGAUGGAUAUUUGUAAAAGAUGUUCCUAAUACUGCAUUGAGACAUAUUCGUAUUGAGACAAAUGAUAAUAAACCAGUAACUCACUCUCGUGACACUACAGAACUUCCCUUGGAACGAGGCAAACAAGUAAUGGAAGUACUUGCCACAUAUUCACACACAUUAUCUAUUUUCGACGAUUUCUUUUAUUAUGAUCAACGGGAAAGACAAGAAGGAUUUCGUCGUAAAGAAUUCGGUACGCGUAAAGGUUGAUUUACAGACAACAAAUUGAUGUGAUUGAAUCUCAACAAAAUGUUGAUUGUAACGAAAUUGGGAUUUUUACACUCACUACAAUUAUAGAAAUGAAUGAUCUAAACAUUUCUCCCUUCAUCUUUCCCUGUAGUUCACAUUUUCAGUUAGAGGCUGUUUCCGGAUGAUUUAAAGACAUAAACUGUUUAGGCUUCCUCUCUUCCUUCUAUUAUCUUGUUUGUUUUUUUUAGAAAAAAAAACCAAAACCAUAUUUUACUGUGAAGUUUCUUUUCUACUUACAAUCUAAUUAAUCAUGGUUUAUACAGCCUCAGGUUAUAUAGCUUAUAAAAUUCACUUUCUUACUAACAAACUGUGUUUCAUCAAAUUGUGUGAUCAAAUAAAUGUUGCUGACAAGAGGAACACAAAUUGAAGUACUAAACAUGCUUAGAUAAGAAAUAACACAGUGUAUAUCUCUUUUACUAAAAUAUAGGUAAUCAUAUUAUAAUAUUGACAAUUUGAUAUUUCACAAACUAAACACAAACUUUGAUCUAUUUUUCAUGCUACAUUCAUCAUUAUCCUGUAGAACACAUCUGAAAGAUUAUUAUUUAAAACAAAACACAUUUGUAGAAGCACAUAGAAUAAUAAUAAUAACAUUACUUAUUUGGGUCCCUCUUUUAUUUAAAUCACAUAACGUUUACUUUUACUGCCAACCAUAAUGAAUACACUAUUGAGCAUGAAUCUUUUCUGAAGAACAAUUUGUUUCUUUUUUUUAAACCUUUUAUCUGUAAUGUAUAUUUCUUUUCAUCAAGUAAUUAUUAUUAACUGUUGUUCCAAUUAAUUUCUUUUUUUUUUCAUAUAUACAUCUAUAUAUUAUAUGAGUAGUUGCUAUUUCUUCAGAUAUAUAAAUGAUAUCAGUAAAUUUAUAACACUCACUGUAUCAACAACAGUGCCUACUUAUUUACAUUUAUAGGAAACAAUGCGAUGAUCGAAAUCCAUUUUUUUUCCAUACAUCAUCAUACACGAUAUAUAUAUAUAUAUACUUCUGUUUACUAAUCAAUCUAUGAUUGAAUAUACCACCAUCAUUAUUUAAAUAUAAAUAUAUACCGAUCUUCUGAAGUUAGACAGACACGCACGUAAACAUAUAUCACACUUUCAUUCAAAUUUUUCUCUUUCCUGUUUUGUUUUUUUUUACCUCGUAAUCAUUGUAGUAUGCGUUUCAGCCUUUUCUUUGUGAAGCUACCUUUUUCUACUUAUUAUUAGUAAAUUUGAAAAAAUAAUUCAGAACGAUUAAACAUUUGAAUAAAUAGGGCAAUUCAUUGAAUUCACCUAUUCAUUUAUAAACAUGAGUUAAACUGAUAUAGCUGUCCAUUAAUGCGAUAUGUGUUUUAUUUCUUUAUACAUGAAUCAAAUAUUUCUAACUCCCAACUGUUUAUAGGUGAAUGAAACCGAUACGUUGGC